AUGAUCCUCCAAACCCUCCUCCAACAAACCCCUCCCCUCAUCUCCAUCCUCAUCCUCAUCCUCCUCCUCCACCACCACCCCCAACUGGCCCCUCUCCGCCCCCUCCUCCCCUCCACCUCCCUCACCCUCGAACCCCUCCUCCCCGACCAAAUCUACCUCAUCCGCAACUUCUUCCCCUCGACCCUAUGCAAAACCUACACCUCCUUCCUGGCCUCCCUCCCCCUGACCACCACCCCGGGGAAACCCAAAAAGGGCGAUGCCGUGCGCGUCAACGACCGCUUCCAGAUCCAGGAUGAGCGGUUCGCCGAGAUGCUGUGGAGUCAGACGGCGCUGAGGGAGUUGGUGAUGCAUCCGGAUGGCUAUGAUUAUGAUUAUGGUUCUUAUGAGGAUGGGGAUGGGGAUGAAGAAAGAGAACAGAAAAAGAAUGAUCAUGAUGUGAAGCAUACAUGGGGCGGAGAUCCCCUCGGAUUGAACGCCAAUAUACGCAUUUAUCGAUACUCGAAGGGCCAAUUCUUUGCGCAGCAUUACGACGACUCCAACACCCUGACCUUCACACGGCCCAAUGACCCGCCGCGCGCGGGCCGCACAACCUGGACGCUCCUCAUCUACCUGACGGGCUGCGAGGGCGGGGAGACGGUCUUCUAUCCCGAGGCGACGCGGGCGAACCGGAACCCGGCGCCGGUGUCGGUGGCCCCGGAGCCCGGGAUGGCGCUGCUGCAUCGCCACGGCGAUCGGUGUAUGCUGCAUGAGGGGAAGGAGGUGCGGCAGGGGGAGAAGUGGGUGUUGAGGAGUGAUUUGGUGGUGGCGCGGUGA